AUGGCUGCAUCCAAGGCUGGGUCCCCAACGCGAGACUCAACCAACGGCGAUGUCGAGAAGAACUCCGCGAUUCACACAGAGAUCGCUGCCCUUGCCACGAUUAACGACCCCCAAUCUAUGACAACACAUGCAGAAGAUCCGAUAGAGGCCAAGAAGGUCAUUCGCAAGAUCGACUACCGCCUGCUACCGUUGAUGAUAUUCCUCUAUACUCUCACAUUCCUCGACCGAGUCAACAUUGGCAACGCUCGGCUAUGGCAUCUUGAGAGAGACUUGGGCUUGGUGGGAUAUCAAUACAAUAUCGCUGUGCUCGUCUUCUUCAUUCCGGUCAUUCUUUUCGAAAUUCCGUCCAACAUUAUGCUUUCGCGCGUCAAGCCUCGAUAUUGGAUUUCUGGCCUCGUCUUCGGUUUCGGCCUUACUGUUUGCCUGGCUGGAUUCUGUACAAACUUCGCAGGCCUGAUCGUCGCCCGGAUGUUCAUUGGAGCAUUCGAAGCUGGCAUGCUUCCAGGCUGCCUGUACCUGCUUUCAUCCUGGUAUCGAAGACACGAACUCCUUACACGGGUUGCGCUACUCAUGGUCGCCAACGACAUCGCAGGCUCAAUAUCAGGACUCCUGGGAGCUGGACUUGGUUCUCUCGAUGGCCUUGCUGGAUAUAGUGGUUGGAGCUGGAUCUUCUUUCUGGAAGGAGGAUUCACAGCUAUUGCAGCCCUCGCAGCCUUCUUCUUCCUUCCGCCAUUUCCAGAAGAGUCGAAGUUCCUGUCCAAGGAGGAAAAGGAGUGGUUACUCCGUCGCCUCCGACAAGAUACUGCCGGUGGCCCGCUGGACCAGAAAAUGGGACUGAAAGGUUCAGUAAAGGCACUCGCAGACUGGAAGGUCAUGAUUGCAGGCAUGCUAUAUCUGUCAGUCUGCGUUACAGCAUACUCGAUCUCGGUGUUCCAACCCACUAUCCUUGCAACAUUCGGUUGGGGAGGUAUCAAGGCUAACCUCCUGUCGGCACCCGUUCGGAUUGCCUCUGCCAUCUUCUCUGUUGCCGUUGGUAUAUGGAGUGAUAAAGCCAAGAAGCGUGGGGUCUUCGCCAUUGGAGGAUAUACAGUAUCCAUCAUUGGCAGCAUCAUGGUUAUGACGGUCCGAUCUCACGCUGUUCGUUACGCUGGCCUUUACCUUGCGGCUAUAGGAAUCUAUAUCUGCCAGCCCCUUGUUCUGGCGUGGGGCGCCAACCAAGUUGUAGGCAAGGUAAAGCGCGGAGUAAUGACCUCGUUCGCCGUUGCAACUGGUCAGUUCGGUGGCAUCAUCACGUCGUUAGUUUUUCCCAAGAAGGACGGACCAAUGUACGUGCCAGGUCUAUCAACAAACGUCGCUUUUGCGUUUGCUGGUAUCUGUGCCGCAAGCUUUCUAUGGGGCUAUGGCUCUUGGGAGAACAAGCAGCGUGAGGCUGGAAAGCGAGAUCAUCUGAGAGCCCUUCCUCAAGAAGAGCAAGAUCUUCUUGGUGAAAAACAUCCUGACUUUAGAUUCACCCACUGA